AAUUCGGGAUAAAGAGUGGAGGUUUUAGAAUAUCGCUCUUUAGAACGAAGGAAAUGUACGCGGGAGCCUCCUUAGCACCUCGGCGCUCCCUCCUCCUCUCACCGCCAACCACCGCGUACGUAAUCGCCAUUUCUCUCCACCCUCCUCUCCCUUCUUUUUCUCGAUCCUCUCUUCGAUCUCCGUCCCCGAAGCUCCGUUUCCGAUCCCCGGCGCCGCGCUCCAUAAACCCUAGCUUCCGCCCCCGCUCCAAAUGGGAAUCUGCAGGGGUUUGGGAGGACCCGGACGAUGGCUACGGGAGCGAGUACGAGGAGAGGGGCGGGCUCGAAGAGGAGGACGACGAUGAUGUCGAGGAGGAAGAGGACGGAGGUGGAGAGGCGCGAGGAGCUAAACCCUCCCUUCUCGGUAUUGCUAAAAGCCCGAUUGCACAAUUCGACGAGGAACUUGUAAAAGAAGUUGAGCUGCUUUUAACACCGGAAGAAAAGGCUAUUUUAGAUCAGAACGAGGCCCCUAAUCUUAGCAAAAUAUCAACACUGAAGUGGCACCCACUUCACAGUUUUGCACUAGCAGGCCAGAUUCCUUUCAUGGAUAAACUGUUGGAAACUGGUACAUGUAUUGAUUCUUUCGACAAAGAUGGUUUCACUCCUCUUCAUAAGGCAGUGAUAGGUAAAAAAGAGGCUGUGAUUAGCCAUCUCUUGAGGAAAGGUGCAAAUCCUCACGUCAGGGAUAGAGAUGGUGCCACACCGUUGCAUUAUGCUGUUCAAGUUGGUGCCAUGCAAACUGUGAAGUUACUGAUCAAAUAUAAAGUUGAUGUUAAUGUUGCUGAUAAUGAAGGCUGGACACCAUUGCAUGUUGCCAUACAAAGUAGAUCAAGAGACAUAGCAAAGGUUUUGCUUGUAAAUGGUGCUGACAAGUCUAGAAGAAAUAAGGAUGGGAAAACACCUUUGGAUCUGAGUUUAUGUUAUGGAAAAGAUUUCAAGUCAUAUGAUCUAGCAAAGCUUUUAAAGCUUGUUCCAGCAAACAGGGAUCCGUGACAUUCCUCCUACACAUAUGCAUUCAGAGUUUGAGAGGAAAACUAGAAGGUUUUAUUUUGUCAAUUAUCGCGAUGGCUAAAAAGAGGCUCAAGUUACAAUUUUUAUUUUAUUUUUUCAAAAUCUAGUUUGGAGGGUUUGGGAAGAACAGAUUGCUUGAGAUUGCUUGAUAAUGCAUUCUCCGAGCUCAUUAAGAUUAAACGCAGUAUGUUUUAACUCAGUUGUACUUAAAAAAUUUUGGCAGGGAAGCUUCAUGGAGCCGUAAAUUUUUAGCUUUGUAAAACAUGUGUUUCCACUUGAAAUUAAUCUGAUUUGAGUAUGAUGUACCUUUAUCAUCA